UUAAUUUCACUGCAAUGUAAGCACCAAUUUUAUAUUUUUCCCCGUUUUAGUGGGCGUUUUCCUUUGUCGAAAGCGCUAAUGAAAUUAAAAUUGCGUGCUCUUUGAAUGAAGAAAGCGAGGGAUUUGCUCAAACCCACUCGCCGAAGCUUCCUUUCCCUCGCCAGACCAACAGCGUUUCCUCCUCCUCCUCCUCCUCCUCCUCCUCCCUCUGCUGCUCCUCCUCUACAGAUGGAUUCCUCAGAGCGCUACUGUUACAAUCCCAAAUUGCAAUGGAACCCUGAAGUUGAACACUACUUCAUCAAGGCCUACGGAGCUGAUCUUUUCUCUCGCAUUUCUCAUGCACUAACGCGUCCUUCAAGUUAUUCUUGUAUUCGUGUUAACACUCUAAAGGCAACAACGGACUCUGUGGUUGAGAAACUUUUGGCUAUUAUAAAGGAAACUGGGUUUGGAGAUUGUUGUACUGAGAGUCCAAUUAAUGCAUCGGAUGAAAGGUUGCAAAAGAGUCCCCUCUCUAAGUGCCAAAUACCAGGAUUGGAUUAUGUUUUGUUUGUCAAGGGUUCGGGUCCGCACACAAUUGAUUAUGGUUUUGCACCUGGAGCACCUCCCAAGGAGGUAAUAGUGAGUAGAAAAUGUGCUGAAGCAGUUCUUCGAGGAGCUCAGGUAUUUGUUCCUGGUGUAAUGGCAUGUAGCGCACAUGUUGAAAAAGGAGAUGUAGUUGCAGUUUCAGUUGCUAUAGAGCAACACAGUCCUGAUGGUGGAUGGGGUAUUGGCAUGACACGUGGAACUGUUCUUCAAGGGCUUCAGACAGAUCCUUACUAUUUGGAAAGAAAAGGCCUGUAUAUAGGCCAAGGAAUGACAACAAUGUCAAGGGCUGGCAUAUUCCGUGUUUCAGAAGGAAUAGCUGUGGAUAUGCAUAAUCGAGUAUUUAAAUUGCCUUCAUUUCAUGAUGUGCUUGAGGGGGAAAUAUUUCUACAGAACUUGCCAAGCAUUGUCACUGCUCAUGCCCUCGAUCCUCAAAAAGGUGAACGGAUAUUAGACAUGUGUGCAGCACCCGGAGGGAAGACAACUGCAAUUGCAAUCCUUAUGAAGGAUCAAGGCGAGAUUGUUGCAAUUGAUAGAUCUCAUAAUAAGGUGCAAGACAUUCAGAAACUGACUGCUGAAAUGAGUUUGACUUGUAUAAAGACUUACAAGUUGGAUGCUCUCAAAGCUGUUUGUCGAAGAAAUGAAUCAAACAAUACUGUUCAAAAUUCUGAGUUGCCAAGGCAUCAUGAUGAGAAAACAUCUUCAUCUGUUCAAGGGUUGAAUCCUGAUGAGGCAUGCAAUAAAAUUGAGAAUGAGAGAACUUAUGUUAGCAAAGCUGACAUCAGGAAGCAUAAACGAAGAAUGAGGAAUGGACCAGGAAGAAAUCAAUGCCUGGGUGGUAGGGUUGAAAACUCAAAAGGUUUUCCUCCUGACAGCUUUGAUCGAGUUCUCCUUGAUGCUCCAUGUUCAGCUCUUGGUUUGAGGCCUAGACUCUUCGCCGGAGAGGAAACUGUAGAAUCUUUAAGAAACCAUGCGAAGUAUCAGAGGAGAAUGCUUGACCAGGCUGUUAAACUAGUUCGCCCUGGUGGAGUAAUUGUGUAUUCAACAUGCACAAUAAACCCUGGGGAGAAUGAAGCACUGGUACGAUAUGCUUUGGAUACAUACAAGUUCCUCUCCUUAGCACCACAGCACCCAAGAAUUGGAGGACCUGGCCUUGUCGGUACCUGUGAAUUCCCUGAUGGAUACAUUGAGGAGUGGUUAAGACCUGGUGAGGAAGAACUUGUGCAGAGAUUUGAUCCUUCAUCUCCACUCGACACAAUUGGGUUUUUUAUUGCAAAGUUUACUGUCGGCACCAAAAAUAUUUGAACUUUUGGGGGAAUGCGAAACUCCAUCGAGUUCAGAAGUUCAAAACCAGUUAGCACAGCACCAAAGAAACAAACAUGUCUAUGCUUUUAAGUGAUUAUGAUGACCGUAUGUAGACUGCAGUAUCUUCAUGCUCGUACCAUUAAGCGGAGCAUGAAUCAUGAAGAGAAUGAUAAGAGGUACUCUACAUGCAAUUUCUUCUUUCUUUAUUUUUAUCAUCCCCCUCCUCUUCGGACGUGGUUAGGAUUGGCUUAAUUUUACAUAAUUUUGUUCCAAGGAGACAAAUUUGGGAUUAGAAGUCUAUCAGAUACAGUAGAAUUCAGGGGAAAAAUGUUAAAAAUUUAAAAUGUUCUACAUCUGUUUGGUAGCUGAUGUUUCUAAAAUCUUGGUAAUUUUGAGUUUUUUCUUCUUUUUAAAAAAAAAAUAAAUAAUAAAUCUGGUAGGUA